AUGACUCAACCGCUGACACAGGUUGCAGAGGAGAGGGCGCUCGGGAAAAUGUGCGGCCACGGCGCAUGCGAUCGGCCGUUGGAUGCUCCCAAACCAAAGGGCACCUUCAAGUUGGACUCCAAGCGCCAGCGCGUCUCUGCCUGUGAGCUGGCAGCUCACCGGCUUGCGGCGAGGCUGGGGCCGCCCGAGGCUGCGCUGGAGCGGUUUGGAGUUACGCAGGCAACGUUGUCGGGGACAGGCAUUCUCAGGGCAACUGCAUCAGAUCCUGACCAGGCGGAGUCGAUGUAUGCGGCCGGCAGCGAUGACAACCCCAUCAUGCUCUCGCAAGUCAGGGAGAGGGAUCCGGCUGAGCUGGCGGCGCAGGCUGACCGGGACGCUGAGCUGGCGCUGCAGACCCUGGCCGCUCUGCACGCUGGCGCCAACCCCUCUGCUGUUGAGGGGUAUGUGCCGCGCGGCAAGAGCGUCCCUUCUCACCAUAUCCCCACAGUAAUACCACCCACCCCUGCCGCAGCCGCCGCCGCCUCCUCUGCAGCGCCCAGCAUGCCUGUGAUCAGUGAAGAGCCUCUCGAGCAUGCUGGCACGAAUGGGCGCACUGCAGCAGCCAGCGCGCCUGCGAAUGGCAGGUCAAUGGCAGCACAGCAGAGUGACGCAGCUUCGGAGCCUGCGGAGAAAAGUGCGAGCGCAGCAGCCGGCACAGCAAGUGCAGCAGAUGGUGGUUGUAGCAGUAGGGACAUCCAGGCAGGCAGCGGAAGCGAUAGGUCAGGGAGUAUUGGCGCCUCUGAGUCUGGGGGCACUGUGCCAGAGCGAGAGACAGCAGUGGACAGUGCAGCAGCUGAGAGUGAGUCAGCAGAUGUGUCAGCACUGGAUUCCCUGCCUGAGGAUGCAGCUGCUGCGAGCUUGCCCCAGCAGCCAGUCCUGGUGUUUGAGGUGGAGGAUGCGGAUGGGCCGCUGGAGGGAGCGGCGCAGGAAAACAUCGCGGCGCGUUUUGGGCGGCUCAAAGUGGCCGACGCGGGCAGCGCACAGCAGGCGCUCGCGGCGGAGCCCACAGGUGUCGAGGCGGAUCUGAAUUUGUGGCGGCAGCACCUCGGCAUCGCCGCUGCAGAAGGUUCGAUCGCUGGCGGCAGCGCAAUGCUGCACCCGCCCACAGCGCCCGUCGGAGCAAGCAUCACCGCGGCAGCAGAGCCGGACAGCAAAGCUAAUGUGGAGGACGGUGUAGAUACAAAUGACCCCGAGGCAGAAGGGGACUUUCUGUCGCAGUUCGGCCGCCUUUUCACGACGCUGGACGGGUGGGUGACUGAUGCCACGCUGCGCUUUGUGCGCUGCCCACCGGGCAGGAGUCCCGGGCAGCCCGAGGACACACCCCCACCAGAGUUUGCGCAGGGGCGCGCAGUGCUGGAGGGUGUGUUGGCGCGCGAAGUGCCGGGUGUGCUGGGUGCGCUGCACGUGCCAUCGCUGAGGUCAGCGGUCGAGGUGGCUCUGCGUCAGCUCGUCGCCACGUUCUACCUGCGAUCCGCUGUUCCCUCCCUCAAGGAGCGCGAGUGGCGGCUGCUGAUGCUGGCGCUGCUUCGAGCGUUGUCCAUCGAGCGGCUGCCGGCGCUGCAGGCAAGGCAUCCUGAGCAAUUUGACGGCCGCGCCGGCGUGCGCACGCUGAAUGACAUGCUGGCAGAUGCCGGGAGCACAAUCGAAGAAUUUGAUGCACUGCUGGAAGUGAUGCUGCCUGCCCCAUAA